UUGCAAUUCCGAUGAUGCCCCGCCAUGGCGACACGUGGUGAUGGCGGCCGACAGGUCUUGACGAUCAAGGACAUCUCGACCAAGAAUGCCCAGCAACUUCGCCACGACGCGCUGCGGCUCGUGUUGGAAGGGGUCGUGCAGUUGGAAGUCGACGUGCAUGCGUCGUACGAGCGCCAGGGAAACAUGGCGUACUACUCCGAGGAAAACUUGGCGCGGCGCCUCGCCAUUCGCAACCAUCCAUUGCUCCAGCGACUCACGUGCGCGCUGUGGCGCCUCGUGUGUAGGACGUCGUCGCCCAUGGACUUUGAUGGCUACACCACGCUUCUCAUUCGGCUGCAUAAGAUCCUGAUGGAGCAUUUUGAUGCCGACAUGUCGUUUGUUCAAAUCCAGCACGACUGGGACAGCGACACGAAAGGCAAGGCAGCUCUCUCGUACGCGGAAUUCCACCUGGCGCUGUUUGAGCUCGUCGACAUUUGGUGCGAUUCCAUCCACGUGGCCGACUACAUUUCGUUGCUCUAUUUGAUCUUGGAAGGCAUCACGCGAGUGGACAGCGCGACGUUUAAGCUGCGGCCCCUCGAAGAAAUUUUGUACACGGACGUUGUCGACGCUGCCCUCCAACGGACCGUCCACGACAUCGAGUCGAUCAUGGCCACCAUGAUCAUCGAGCCCGUGGACGCUGUGCCCGAUGGCAAAGCUCAAGUCGUCGCAUCGUCGACGCAACUGGACCUGCGAUGCCCCCUCGAUCGCGAACAAGGGAUCGACAAGGCGGCAACCGACACGGAGGCGAGGGGGCGUACCGCAGCGGAUGUGGCUGCCGUGGCGGAUGCGAUGGAGGGUCGCUCGGGGCUCCGAUCCAUAGCAGAUUCAGCGUUGUCCGCUCCAGCGCAAUCGCAUGCAGUGCUUCCUCCAGCGUCCACGGCCGCCCUCCCGCCAGAUCGCUACGAUCCUGUCAUCGUGGCAAUGAAUCCGAACCUGCAUAUGGACUCACCCCCGCGCCCCCUUGCCCUGGACGACAGCGAUCGGCAUCUUUUGACGUCGCUGCCGUCUCUAGCACCAUGGGGGGACGACCCACCCACCCUUCCUCGGUGCAAUGGCACUCCCAAGUCGUCGACGCUCCAAACUGCGUCGGACUCGAGCCUUUGUCAGAUGCAACCCUCAACACAGUCUCAUGGCGCGUCGCCUGUGCUCGAGAAACAUGCUUCGAUGUCUCGACUUCUUCCAGAUAGCCAGCGCCUUGUCGCGGCCUCGCAACCUGCCCCAGGUCGUGGGUUAGCGAAGCUUGUCAAAGAAACAGCGCCUCUCGACCAACGCGAGUUUGGUGGCUUCAAGAUCAAGUCGUCGCGAGAUUUGACGGCGCCAGUCGCGCGCCCCAAGCCCGUGCUAGCACCUAUUGGCGUGACUUUGGUGGGGGCCUUGACCAAGGCGACGCUUCCUGCGGAAGAUUCGAAUGCAAACCGCAUCGAUGAAAUCCGCAAAGCCUUUCAAAACAAACCGCGGCAGAGCUUUGUGCGAAAGCGCACUCCGCCUCGUCUCGGGAUCCUCGAUACAAAGCCUCCGGUUGCCCCUGCGACAGCCAUGCCUACGAAUCCUGCCGCCAACGACUCCCCUGCCAAGCUCAAGCGAAAAGCCACCGAGAUUCACAAAGAAUCGUCCGAGCUCGUCGCAGACCUGGCGCCGUCGACACCUGGGGCAGGUAUUCCAUCGCACUGCGCCGGCCCUCGAAUCGCCUCCCCCAUCAUGUCUCGGUGUCGAACAGGGCAGUUGGAUGCCGAAGCUAGCGCCAUGCUACCCCCCAACGACAUAGAUGACGUCCAUAGUGGAAACCCUCCGCGACAUGCCAAACCACCGCCGUCCCACGACGUGAUUGAGUUGGCAGCGCACCACUUAGCCAUGAUAUCCCAGCUUCCUCCCCGUCCAGCGGGGGCCACAAAGCACCUGCUGCCUCGCCGGUAUCGUCGAAUUCCCGCGUUGGACUUGCAAGCUCCCCCGGUGGAGGCUGAGCUGCGUGCGUCGCCCGUGCGAACGCCUCAGCGACCGUCCCAAGCACCCCAUUUGCCUGCCGCCCGUAUGCCGCUCUUGUUGGACCGGCCAACCUUGCCACAGCUUCUCGACAUGGAGAAAGAUGCUGUGCCGUCGACGUUCCAGGGCCAUGGACCUGCCGUCGUGCGUGAAAGCAAGUCCUUGCAGCCACGCAAACCAGACACAACACAUCAACAGCCCACGACACGUACACAAGGGAGCACCGGCCAAAUGCACCACACUCCUCCGCCAGGCAUCGCCCACAAUGCCAACGAGUCGCUUCCAGUUCUCCAUCACCAUCCAUCCCGCUCCACGCCUGCCACCACCACGUCGAAAGCAUUGGACGAAGCGCGGCUACCCUUGGCCGUACGAGUGCGCCCCGUGGUAUGACGCUAGAACGGCCUCGCCGGCCGAUCAUGACACCAGCACCCCUUUGAAUUGUUGUCUUGGACCAGCCGAGCUAGUUGACGGCCCCGCCGCUCUCCCAACCGCAGUCCCCUCUGGUACCCCCAUGUGCCGCCAUCGCGAACCCUCCCGCAACACACCCUGUUCGAGUGCGCGGUACGAUACAUUGCAGCUACCCAGCCGAUUCCAAAGUGUUAUUCGUUUGUGUGGGGCACAACAAGACUACGGAGGCGAGGGGUUGAGCUGCUGCCACUGCACGGAAUGCAGCGACGACGUCGAGAGACUGGACGAGUCGUCGGCGUCAGACUGCGAAUUGCGCUGCGCUGCCACCGACUGUUUGACGUUUUGAAUCGCCGACUGCACAGCCUUGGUUGUUUGAACUUGCGCCGACCGGAGCUGAAUGAUGCCCGUGUCCAGCUUGUUUAAGCGAUGCAUGAUGCCGGCAAACACAAUGUCUUUGUCUUGGUGGAUCGAGUCGACGCGGGUCGUGAGGUCGUCGACGAUGGCUUCGGCAGCAUCUAGUCGCUGAAGCACUUGAUUCAGUUGGAGGUCCACGGCGGCACAGAUGCGUGUUUCGAGGUCUUCGAGCAUCUUCUUCUGCAACUCGAGAAUCGUGUUCAUGGCCGACAGCCCCUCGGCGUGGUUGGGAGGUGGCGGUCGUGGGCUGGAUGGAUGCCGGGGGCGUGGGCUCUGUCGGUUUAAAGCGGAGUGGUGAAGCGGAAUGUGCGAUGAGUUUGCAGGAGACAAGGACGAUUGCCGAUAAUGGGCAUCUUCUCGGAAGCUCUUGGACGGCGCCGUGGGGUCGACGAACAAAGGCGGCGGGUGGUGGUGGUGCCGAUGGUGUGAUGGAGGGUAUGCAUGCGUCACGGAACCUCGGGAUGGAUGAUGGCGAUUCGAAUAGCGGGGUGA